CUGUUUUUGAAAGAAAACAAGAGCGGUUGUAAGGCUGACUUUCCCAAGAACUGAGCGCUCUUCUAUUCUAGGAAACAUCCAAAAGAACAAGAGGCUAGUGAAGACAAAACUUCUCUGCAAACGCCUGCACACGGCAAUACGUGCAGGCAUCUCUUAGGAGGCAAAGAUGGGAUUUCCCUUUAUGAAGAGACUUCUGUGCCUGUUGACACUCUGACAUUACUUUCAGCUGAAAAACUGCUAAGUCCUGGAUUUCUCCGCUGCCUGUCAACCACGGGAAGCUUGAAAAUCUGUGAAGUUUGAACAAGCAGCCUUCCCAAGAUGUACCGAAUUUCUCAACUGAUAGCGACACCAGUCGCAAGCAAAUGUUCUUCUGGGUCCGAGAAAGAAUAUUCUAGAGAGCAGUCUCCCACGUGCGUUUUCCCAAGUUUUGCCUGUGAUCUCCUGGAUGGUGACAGUUCCUUUGAAUGCUGCUCCAUAGAUCCCCUAACAGGCUCCCACUUUACCUGCCGCCGAAGUCCCAGACUCCUCACCAAUGGCUACUACAUUUGGACUGAAGACAGUUUCCUCUGCGACAAAAAUGGCAACAUAACUCUGAGCCCAUCCCAGACCAGUGUUCUGUACAAGGAGAAUUUAGUUCGAAUAUUUAGAAAGAAAAAGAGAAUCCGCCGUUCUUUUUCUUCUCUCUUCAACCUCCGUGCCUCUGAAUCCUGGCUGCGUGGAAGUAUCUUUGGUGAUGCUAAUUCUUCCCCAAGUGGGGACAUCUGGUUGGAGGGGAUCAGGAGGCUGGACAUGCACCCCUGCAAUGAAAGUGGAGGUGAUUUUGACUGUUCUCUAACUGAUGACUGGGAGUCAGAGAAGCCGAAUGCAGAAUCUGUGAAAGCCUCCUCUGCCAGCCAUGUCACGUCUCAGACUCCCAGAGAAAACUCCCAUGACCCAUUUCUUCAGUCCCAGUUGGUGGCUCCUGAACAUCUCCAAGGGAACAUUUUGAAUCAUUCAAAAACCAGUUUGUUGCGAGAAGUAUCCUCUCAAGUGAUUCUGCUUGUUGCAUGUUUAAUCAUUUCUGCAUGUGCAAGAUGGUUUCUGGGAGGACUAUUAGCCAGUGUCUUCACAUGCUCCUUGAUGAUAACUAUUGCUUAUGUUGUCAAGUCAUUGUUUCCCAGCCUUGCCAGCUAUUUCAAAGCCACCACCUGUGCUUGGUUUGCCAAAAUUUGACAACCAUUUGGGAGAGCCCCUGAUGAAUGUCUUCGAUCUGAAUAUCUGGAAAUUGUCUGGCUUGGAGUUGACUUGGAAUCAACCGCUUUAUUGGAAGGAAGUGAGCAACUGGAUAAUUGAGGGAAAAAAAUUUAAUUUGGUUAUGUGAUUUUUUAAAAAAAAAUCUGUUUUGCCCUCAUAAUUGUAAUAAGCUCAUGAAAAUAAUAUUAAUUUGCCUUUCUUUUGCAAACACCAGCAGUUGAAGGGGAAAGGACUGGGAAAUAUGAUCAAGAACAAACCCCCUGGGUAAAUAUUCCCCUAUUAUUCCCUAAGGCAGUGGUUCUCAAACAUUAAUUUUCAUUAGAGAAUUCUAUGAGGAGUUUAUAACAAUGCAGAUUCCUGGGCCCACCCACACACCCUAUCCUUUGCUGAACUGCUUUAAUUGAACAAUGAAAGCAAGUUUAUAUAAUCAAUAUCAACUUGCAAGUAACUAAAUGCAGUUUGUACAUAAAAUAUAAUGUAGAAGUUCAUCAUUCUCCCCAAAGGAGUGGCUCAAUAGGAAGUGGUGAGAAUAGAUAGAUGGUUGAUGGACAAUGGGCAAGAGCCAUUUUUUUUAAGAUAUAUGCUUCUCUUGAACCAUUUUCUUUACCAAGUUUUCAACCUUCUUGGGGCUCAUGAUUACCCUUCACUCAAAUUGCAGUUAAAAUAAAGAUAUAACACAGAAAAAAUCCCUUAAGGGCAAAAUAAAGGCAAAACACCAGAGUGCUUUGAAACACAUAAAAAUUGUGCAGUUGCACAACUGACUGGAGGGUUGUAGAAGACGUUCCCUCUCUAUCCUUCUUGCUUGAUAUAUGUUCCCAAAGCAAAUAUAGCUUGCAAUUCAAAUUUGUUCUAUGUGAUAUUCUCUGUCUAGAAACUUGCAUGGAGAAAAUUGUCUUUCCUUAAAACGACAAUGUCAAAAUUUCACUUUUUAUAUCAUUUGUA